GUGCUCAUGUUGGACUGUUCUUUCUGAUGGAAUUAUGUACAACUAUGGUUACACGUUUAUUGUUUCGCCGUUGCCAAUUAGUUUCACAAGUUUUAACUCGGUUGAAUUAUAGUAAUCCUCUCGGCUCUACAAAUAUAAAAAAGAGAGCACCUGGACAUACGCUCCAACCUUUUGUGUGCAGUAAACGAGUUGUUGUAAAAGCAGGUAAUGGCGGCGAUGGAUGUAUUGCGUUUCGACAUGUUUUUUGUAAUCCACAUAGUGGUCCUAGCGGUGGGGACGGUGGAAAUGGAGCUCAUGUAAUUUUCAAAGCCAAUAAAAAUGUAUCUGAUUUAUCCAAUAUACCCACCGUUGCACAAGGUGAUAAUGGUGUAAAUGGUUCUAUUGACGAUUGUCAUGGAGCAAAUGCCAAUCAUUUAUAUCUACAGGUUCCAUUAGGUACACAAAUUUAUUCUGUUGAAUGUUCAAGUCAAAUAUCAAAUAAUAAUAAUAAUAAUAAUCAUACUAAUAAUGAUAAUCGAUCUAUUCAAUUAAUUAAAACACUAAACACAGAUGGUGAGAUAUUUUUAGCUGCACGUGGUGGUGCCGGUGGUAAAGGCAAUGCAUUUAUGACUUAUGCAACAUUAGCAACGGAUUCAUUGAAGUUACCUAGUCGUAAAAAUACUCCAUUACGUAUUGCUGAACAUGGUGGUAAAGGUCAAUUGUGUGAAUUCAUUCUAAGAAUGUCAAAACUUGCCGAUCUAGGCUUAGUAGGAUGUCCUAAUGCAGGCAAAUCUACAUUAUUACGAAGUUUAACAAGAGCCAGACCUAAAAUUGCACCAUAUCCAUUUACUACACUACGACCACAUAUUGGAAUGUUACAUUUUCCAGAAAAUUAUGAUUCAUCAAAAAAUAAUAAUGAUGAUGAUGAUGAUAAUCAUACUUUUGAUGUAUCAAAUCAAGUUCAUUCUAUAGCUAUUGCUGAUCUUCCAGGUCUUAUUGACGGUGCAGCUGAAUAUAAUAAAGGCUUAGGAAUUGAAUUUUUAAGUUUAGUCGCUGAUUGUUCCAUACUAGUUUAUGUCAUUGAUUAUGGAACAUUAUGGUGUAAUUAUGGUUUGAAUCGAUUAAAUGAAAUCGAAGAUGAACUAAUUAAUCAGUUAUCAAUGCUUUAUUAUGAAGUGACCACUUAUGAUAGAAAUCUUGGUAAUCAGGAUAAGUGUAUUGUAUUGGGAAGUAAAUUAGAUUUAAUUUUCACAAAUAAAAUAGAUUCAAGUGAAUCAAAUGUUGAUAAUACAGAGAACAAUGUUAAACUUUUGCAAACAUUGCAUCAUCUAUUGUAUAAAGCUGCUUGUUCAGUUUCUAUCAUCAGGGAUACACCAGACAGUAUUGACCAAGUAAUGCUUGUCUCAGCUAAACGGGGUGAUAAUAUCCCACAUUUGGCAUGCAAACUUCGUGACUGUGUACAGAAUUUGAGAACAGAUAAAAAAACUAACUUUUCUCCUGUAUAAUCAUAUCUUUACAAAUAUUUUUUGAUGAAUUGAUGGCUAUCUGAUAUUUCUCUAUACAAAUACUGAUGUAUGUGAAUGACUAAUGAUCUUAUUCGGAGAUAUUUCCAAAUUUUGUAUUUUAUUUACUAUUAAUAGCCAAAAUUUCACUGAAAUGCUUUCACUUUAAAUUCGGAUGGUCGUAUAUUCAAUCCAGAUAUACUAGUGCCUGAUCGAACACUCCUAAUAUACUUUAAAGCCUAC